AUGGGGUCCAUUUCAUGGUUGGCUUCAUGGUACAAACUGGGUAGAAAGGCCCAGGAGAUGGGAGAGACCGUUGUUAAACUCAAAGGCAAGAUCGACUUUGAUCACAUUUCGUUCAGUCCAAGACUCCAAAGUCAUUUUGAAAAUAAAGAUUAUCUAAGAUCUGUCACAAGAGAGAAAUUUGUGGAUGAAAUAAUGGAGGAGUUGGGAGACACUAAUAUCAGAACGAUUGGAUUGCAUGGAAUGCCUGGUGUAGGAAAAACCACUCUUGUUAAAGAAAUUGCUAGAAAGGCCUUAAAAGAAUAUCCGAGGUUAUUUAAUGAUUUAGUUAUUGUUACUAUAUCACAAACUCCGGACCUUGAAAAUAUUCAACAACGUAUUGCAGAAAGGCUAGAUCUAGAGUUGAAAAAGAAAAUGAUAUCUGAAAGAGCACUUGAGAUACGACAUCGAUUGAAGGAUGAAAAUAAGUUUCUCAUAGUUGUAGAUGAUGUAUGGAGUGAACUAAAACUUGAGGAUGUUGGAAUAGCUUUUGAAAAUGAUCAGAAGGGGUGUAAGAUUUUGAUUACCUCGAGAUUUGUAUGA